UGCAGGCUCAACGCUCUGUAUCAUCUUCUUCCUCUCGCAGCUCUGACUUUGACUGACGAGAGAGAGAGAGAGAUGGAGUUCGCAGCGCUGAAGGAAGCAAUAGAGAAGCUCGAGGUUGUUGACGGUCACGCGCACAACCUCGUCUCUCUCGACUCAUCUUUCCCAUUCGUCGGAGCUUUCUCGGAAGCCUCUGGAGACGCUUUAUCCUUCGUGCCUCACUCGAUCUCCUUCAAGAGGAACUUGAGGGAGAUCGCAGAACUUUAUGGCACCGAGGCAUCUUUGGAAGCAGUCGAGGAAUAUCGUAGACGAUCAGGACUGGAUUCUAUUGCUUCAAUGUGUUUCAAGGAAGCUGGAUUUUCUGCUUUGCUCAUCGAUGAUGGAUUGAAGCUGGACAAGAAGAAUCACAUAGACUGGCACAGAAGCUUUGUUCCGUUUGUUGGUCGAGUGUUACGAAUUGAAUCACUUGCCGAGGAAAUCCUCGACGAGGGGAAUCUUGAUGGGUCUGAUUGGAAUUUGGAUUCUUUCACUGAAACCUUCGUGAAAAGAUUGAAGUCGUUUGUUCCCGAGAUUGUUGCUUUAAAAACUAUUGCUGCCUAUCGUGGCGGCCUGGAUAUAAACACACAUGUGAGUAGAGAAGUUGCUGAAGAAGGUCUUAAAGAAGUGUUGCAAGCUGGGAAGCCUGUCCGUAUUUCAAACAAAGGCUUGAUCGAUUACAUUCUUGUUCAUGUUUUGGAGAUCGCUCAACAUUAUGAUCUGCCAUUGCAAAUUCACACAGGUUUUGGUGACAGGGAUUUGGAUCUAAGGUUUGCCAAUCCACUUUACCUCCGAACCCUUCUUGAGGAUGAGAGAUUUUCAAAGUGCUGUAUUGUUCUUCUGCAUGCAUCUUACCCAUUCUCAAGGGAAGCAUCAUAUCUUUCGUCAGUUUAUCCUCAGGUCUACCUUGACUUCGGAUUAGCUGUUCCCAAGCUUAGUGUCCAUGGCAUGAUAUCCUCAGUUAAACAGCUCCUCGAACUAGCCCCGAUAAAGAAGGUGAUGUUCAGCACUGAUGGGUAUGCAUUUCCUGAGACCUACUAUCUCGGUGCAAAGAAAGCACGAGAAGUCAUCUUCUCUGUUUUGCAUGAUGCCUGUUCCAGUGGUGAUCUCUCCGUGGCAGAAGCUAUUGAUGCAGCAAAAGAUAUUCUUUCUCAAAAUGCAAUCGGGUUUUACAAGUUAGAUUUGAGUGCUAAUUCUUCCAACCAACCAUACAGCAUAUCUCUGAAAUCACAGCUGACUGAGACAGAUGCUCAAGAAGACAACAAUUCGUUUGUACGGAUUUUAUGGGUUGAUUCAUCUGGACAACAUAGAUGCCGUGUUGUUCAAGAAAAGCGCUUUAACAAGAGUGUCAAGAAGAACGGUGUUGGUUUGACGUUUGCAUCAAUGGGUAUGCCCUCAUUUACAGAUGGACCAGCAGAAGAGUCUAAAUUGACGGGUGUGGGCGAGAUUAGAUUGGUUCCAGAUCUAUCAACCAAACAGGCGGUUCCAUGGACGGAGAAAGAGGAGAUGGUUUUAGCUGACAUGCACCUGAGACCUGGAGAAGCAUGGGAAUACUGUCCAAGAGAGACCAUGAGAAGGCUCGUGAAACUUCUCAAAGAUGAAUUUGACUUGGUAAUGAACGCCGGAUUUGAGAAUGAGUUCUAUCUCCUCAAAAUGGCUACAAGGGAAGGAAAGGAAGAGUGGGUUCCAUUUGACUCUGGGCCGUACUGCUCCACAUCCUCAUAUGAUGCUGCUUCCCCAUUGUUCCAUGACAUUGUACCUGCACUUGAUUCCUUGAAUAUCAUAGUUGAACAAUUUCAUGCAGAAUCUGGGAAAGGGCAGCUUGAGAUAGCUCUUGGGCACACUGUUGCAACCGAUGCUGCUGACAAUUUGGUUUACACCCGCGAAGUUAUCAGAUCCGUUGCAAGGAAAUAUGGGAUGCUGGCUACCUUUGUUCCCAAGUAUGAUAUGUGUGACAUUGGCUCUGGAUCACAUGUGCAUCUGAGUUUGUGGAAGAAUGGUGAAAAUGUCUUCAUGGCAUCCGAUAAAUCAUCCUCCCAUGGAAUGUCUUCUAUCGGGGCGGAAUUCAUGGCCGGGGUUCUGUUUCAUCUCCCUUCCAUUUUGGCAAUCAUCGCUCCCCUUCCUAACAGCUAUGAUCGGAUUCAACCAAACACAUGGAGCGGAGCAUUCCAAUGCUGGGGCAUGGAAAACCGAGAGGCGCCGAUAAGAACAGCAUGUCCGCCCGGAGAACCCGAGGGUUCGGUUACCAAUUUCGAGAUCAAAUCUUUCGAUGGCUGCGCAAAUCCGCAUCUCGGGUUGGCUGCAAUUAUAGCUGCUGGCAUUGAUGGCCUCAGAAGACACCUUCCUCUCCCUGAGCCAAUAGAUACAAACCCAUCUGAAGUGGCUGCAACACUAAAAAGGCUUCCUCAAUCACUGUCUGAAUCUCUUGAAGCUCUGCAGAAAGACAAUGUCCUCCAUGAUCUGCUCGGACAAAAGCUUUUAGUCGCCAUUGAAGGAGUGCGCAAGGCUGAGAUCGAUUAUUACUCCAAGAACCCAGAUGCAUACAAGCAACUCAUUCACCGUUACUGAUCUCCUUUUGUUUUUGUCUCUUCGUGGGAUGAUUCUUAGAAGGAAAACGACUUCUUUGGAUUCUAUUUGGGCUUUGUGGGCUAUUAGAUCUUUUGGGUUUAGGCCCAUCAUAGUUGAUUCAAAGGCUCUCUCUUUCUUUUUUGAAUUCUUCGUUGUUUUCUCGGGGGUGAAUAAAUGAAACAAUAAAUUAUGGUA